AAAACAUGCUGAGAUGCGACACUGACCACAGAGGAUUUUACCGGUCCAGAACCACAGCUGUCCACUCUUUGACCCAGACUCUUGAACCGGCAGAACCCACCUCGGAUCUCGUCUCCAUCUCCAACCUGCGCUGUCUAAGCCGACUUUUCAUUCUGUUGAGGGACAAAUAAAGACAGGACAUGACAGGGGUGUGGAAGGGACUGUCUACAUGUUGGUGUCUGUUGAUGCUGAUUCACUGUCUGGCUCAAACAGAUGCAGCCUUCACAUGCAGCUCCACUCAGUUUAAGUGUGGAAACGGGAGAUGCGUCACCCGCAGGUGGAUCUGUGAUGGAAACGACGAUUGUGGCGAUGGAAGUGAUGAACUAACAGCUGUCUGCUCGGCAAAAUCAUGCAUGGAGUCCCAGUUCAACUGUGGGGCGCCUUUGAAUCACUGUAUACCAAAGAGCUGGCAUUGUGAUGGCAAACCUGACUGUGAAAACAGAUCUGAUGAGAGAAACUGCACUGCAAAAGAGUGCAAGACCGAUGAGUUUAGGUGCACCAAUGGUCAGUGUAUAUCCAAGGCUUAUGUUUGUGACAAAGACAAGGACUGUUCUGAUGGCUCAGACGAGGUGGACUGUCCCAAGCCCACCUGCCACCCUCGGACCUUCCAGUGCAACAAUUCAAUUUGCGUGCCAUUGCUGUGGAAAUGUGACGGCGACAGGGACUGUCUGGACGGGUCUGACGAGUGGCCGGAGAACUGCGAGGGGAAGCAGACGUUGAAGAAGCCGUCGCAAUGUGGCGCCCAUGAUUUUGAGUGCUCAAACGGGGAAUGUAUUCAUAGGGCAUGGAGGUGUGAUGGAACUCCCGACUGCUCAGACCAGUCAGAUGAAUUCAACUGCAGUCAGCCUAGUUGUCAUGAUGGUCAAUUCCAGUGUGGCAAUGGUGUCUGUAUCAGUGAAGCCCUGAAGUGUAACUCCGCGAACGACUGUGGGGACAACAGUGAUGAAGUGGGCUGUCAAACAGAUAAUGUGUGUCAAGGUCCAACCAACUUCAAGUGUGGCAGUGGGGAGUGCAUCAGCAUGGACAAAGUAUGUGACUCAAACAGAGAUUGCAACGAUCAGUCUGAUGAACCUCUUGAGUGUGGCAAAAACGAGUGUUCAACAGGAAAUAACAGUUGUUCUCAUCAAUGCAAUGACCUGAAGAUUGGCUACAAUUGCUCCUGCCCUGCUGGAUACAGACUGAAGAGUGACAAUCAAACUUGUGAAGACAUUGAUGAAUGUGAGGUGCCAGACACCUGCAGUCAGAUAUGCAUCAACCUGCCUGGAAGCUACAAGUGUGACUGCAACGACGGCUAUCAAAUUGAUCCAGUGAGCAAAACGUGCAAGGCUGAAUCAGAGACUGUGGCCACGUUGUUCUUCACCACUAAACACGAGGUCAGGGAGCUCACAGUGGACCGCAGUGAGUAUACCAGGCUGAUCCCAGAGCUGAAAAAUGCUGUGGCUCUGGAUCUGGACAUGCCGAACAAGAAGAUCUUCUGGUCGGACCUCUCUCAGAAGAAAAUCUUUAGCUCAAACAUAGACACGGCCAGCAACUCUGCUAAUCACAAUGUUGUGAUUGAAAACGGGAUUGAAGCCCCAGAAGCCCUUGUGGUGGAUUGGAUCCAUGGCAACAUCUACUGGACUGACAGCACCUUGAAGACCAUUUCUGUGGCAACUACAGAAGGCAACAAAAGGAAGACCCUCAUCAAUGAGAAACUUGGGAGGCCCAGAGCCAUCACAAUUGACCCAGAAAAUAACUUUAUGUACUGGACUGACUGGGGAGAGGAGCCAAAGAUUGAGAAGUGUGGACUCAACGGAGUCGGUCGUGUUGCCUUGGUGACAGAUAACAUUGAAUGGCCCAAUGGCAUCACCCUUGAUAUGGUAAACCAGCGUCUGUACUGGGUGGAUGCCAAGCUGCAUGCUAUCUUCAGUGUUGAUGUUAAUGGAGGGACCAGACACACGAUCAUAUCUGGGGAAGAAAACAUCCAUCAUCCCUUCUCACUGACUGUCUUUGAGGAGAAAGUUUUUUGGACGGAGUCCUUCCGUGGCACAGUUUCCAGUGCUAACCGCCUGACAGGAAAUGACAUCAAUGAGUUGGUGACUGAUCUGCAAAAUCCAGAGGCCCUUGUUCUUUACCACAACCUGAAGCAGCCAAUCAGCAUAAACUGGUGCAGAGUGGGUAACAGCAUAAAUGGAGGUUGUGAGCACCUGUGCCUUCCUGCUCCUCUGCUUGACAAGAGCGCUCCUAAAUACACCUGUGCCUGUCCAGACAACAUGGUCCUGGCCGCUGAUAUGAAGAAAUGUGUGGGAGCUGCACCUCCUGCCAGGACUGACCCACCUGUCAUGUCCAAGACAACCACCAGUAAACCAGCCACACGUGGAACCACUAAAGCUGCUAAGAUGCCCACAACUAGUUUAUCAUCUGUCCAGCCCAAACAGACCACAGAGAAACCUGCUGGCACUCCUCAAGGCUUCCAAAAAGCCGUGAUGCCCAAGGAAGCUCCUGCAUCUCAUCCUGUUGCUCUCUACGUUUUUCUACCACUCGGGAUCAUAGCAGCACUGGUGUGUGGAGCAGUGUUGUUUUGGAGAAACUGGCACAGGAAGAACACCAACACCAUCCACUUCGCCAAUCCCGUGUACCAGAAAACCACCGAGGACGAGGUGCACAUCUGCAGGAACGGCUCCGACGGCUUCGUCUAUCCUGAGAGGCAAAUUGUGAGCAUGGACGACAUGGAGAUUGCAUGAUCUGAAGAAUUUUAGCUGAAGAUUUAUUUUUUCCUCUGAGGAAACAAGACCUGCUUCUUCACAAGCCCUCCCCUUUUUCCGGUGACCUCCUUUUGUCGUUUGUUUUCGACCUCAGCACUGUGCCUUACAAGCCUGCAAAAGAGAUUCUCUUAACUCUAGUAUGGCAAAUGGAAGCAUGGGUACAAGCAGGCACACUUUUUUUCUAAGUAAAAGAGCAACACGCAGUAUCAGAAGACGAUGCUAAUCUGGGAGUUUUGACUCUUUUGAUACUGCUUGAACAUACUUAGUAACAAAAAUCACAUCAAAAAUUUAAAAAAUUACAUCAUCUUGCCCCUUCACCAUUUCAUACUUUUGCAAUUAUGACUAUUACGGUACAUACUCAAAUUUUGCAUUUGAUAAAAAAACGUUUUUCAUGGUAUGCUUUUUAUUGAUCAUAAUAAUUUCAUUAAUGUAAAACUUUCGUUCUAAUAAUAAUUUUCUGUUACUACGGUUGCUCUUUCUUAAAUUGGUUUGAUCAGUUUGAUUUGUGGUAUUUAAUUGAAGUCAACUACUCUUAAGAGCUAAAUUAAGCAAUAUUUGGAAAAAUACCAAGAAACACUGAUGCCUGGGUGAAUAUGUAAGAAGUAGUGUGUUUAUGGGCACAAAACAAGACAAAAUGAGAAUGUAUGGGUUUGAAAUUGUAAGAACUGGGGAAGGGGCAAAUUGACCCAAAGCCUACUGAAACUUACAUUUUGCAUUUAUUGUAUUUAUUACAUAACAAAUGUUUUCACUGCAAUGCAUGGCUGACUCUAAAGUCCUUAACUGUAAAGUUUUACCAGUUCAUGUGUGCCUUGUAAUGACACUCCAGUAGUUGGAAGAAAUGUAUCGGAAGCCUUACUGAUCCCUCUGCCUUCCACACCGUGGCCUUUUCUCACUCGGGAACCAGGGUUGUGCAUUUUAUUUGGCUCCCAUGUCAAACAGCCUUUUGUUGUAAUCUGUAAUAUUCAUCUGCAACAUUUUUACGUUGUUGCUGUCUUUGUUUUGUCCGAUCACCAAAUACGCUGCGGCUGUUUGGAGCCACAGGUGGUUUACAUUUUGAAAUGAAGAAGCUGCUGAGUCAUUUUGACAUCAACCAAAGUGAAGAAAAUGUUCUUUUUUUGUUGUUAAUAAGUAAUUGUAGAUGACUACCUUUUGCAACAUUGUAAAUGGUUGUAAAUAUUUUUGUAAGAUGUCCACUUGCUCACAUUUGUAAAUAGAACGAAGAAGUACGUGAUUAGUUUUAUUUAUUUAUGGUUCGUUUUAAAUAGUUCCCAGCUGGCUGUAAUGAAUAUCUCUAAAUGGUGAAGUCUCACCUGAACACUGUGCAGCUAUAAUUUAACUGAUGUCAGUGAAAGCUUUGAAUGGUUGUUUGGUUUUGCAUACAAGGCAGUGCACCAGGGUUAGUGCUUUACUUUGCACUAGAGAGCAACUAUUUAUGGUGUCGUAGCAAGAAUGAAGAGACCUUCUGCUCCUCUUUCCCCUGCAUAUGGUCUCUCUCUCAUGACUCAGAUUAUUUAUUGUGCUUCCUGUGUUCUGUUACUGUGAUGGCCUGAUUGUAUCGUGGGAUUCAUGCUGCAUUCGAGUCCCCUGGAAAUUGUCAUUACUCCGAUCUGGGAAUAAGUACACCAGACUUGCGUUGAAGUCGGCAAGCAGAUGCAUAUACUGAUUUAAUUUGUUUUAACUAACCUCAUUCUGUGAACUGAAACACUAAAGGAGAUCCUUACAAAAAGUUAUUUAUGAAACUUUUAGUAUAUUUUACAUGUACAGCACUCGUGAAAUCUCAAAUUAGGAGCUGGUUGCAGACUUCCGACUUCCUAAGUCUGGAACCAGGGAGCCUCAAAUGCAGCAUACAUACAAUAUUUUUCAAAUGACAUGAUGUUUUAUUUCUGUGCAGAAUGUACAUAUUGUAGUUUGUAAGGCGGAUGCACAGCUGAUAGCUUGUUUGUUCUCAUCACCUUGUUCACUUUCGUUUGAAAUAAAAGAGCUUGAAUGUUUA